GCGGCAGGAAGGCGGCUUUGGCGGCUUUGGCGGCGCGUGUGAGGCGGCGGGGCACACGGUGUCGCUGCAGGCUCAGGAACGGCGGCGGCGCGGCGCGGCGGCUCCGCCCCGGUGCGGCGGAGAGCCCGGCUGUGAGCGCGGGGGGAGCGGCCGGGCGCGGGCGGCGGUGCCGGGCAGCGGCGGCGAGCGGCGGCGGUGCCGGGGAGCCGUGCGGGGCCCGUGCGGGUGCCGGCGCUGGCCAUGGGCGUGUGCGUGCCGGCGGCGCUGCGGGUGCUGGUGCUGCAGGCGGCCUGGGCGCUGGGCGGCGGCCAGGUGCGCUACUCGGUGCCGGAGGAAGCCAAGGCCGGCACGGUGGUGGGUCGUCUGGCGCAGGACCUGGGGCUGGAGGCGGGCGAGCUGGAGGCGCGUCGGCUGCGGCUGGUGGCGAAGGGCCGGCGGGCGAGCGUGGAGGUGAGCGGGGCGAGCGGGGCGCUGGUGCUGAGCUCGCGGCUCGACCGCGAGGAGCUGUGCGGCAAGAGCGCGCCGUGCGCCCUGCGCCUGGAGGUGCUGGUGGACCGGCCGCUGCGCGUCUUUCACGUGGAGCUGGAGGUCACCGACAUCAACGACAAUGCCCCGCUCUUCCCCGCCGCCCGCAAGAACCUCAGCAUAUCGGAGAGUUUCCCUCCCGGCUCGCGCUUCCCGCUGGAGGGCGCGUCGGACGCAGACAUCGGAGCCAACGCGCAGCUCUCCUACAAACUCAGCCCGAGCGAACAUUUCAGACUGGAUUUACAAAAAGUGAAUGACCGAAAUAACCUACCUGAACUCGUAUUAACGAAGGCGCUGGACCGGGAGGCGAUGGCGGUGCACCGGUUGGUGCUGACGGCGAGUGACGGCGGCAGACCGUCGCUGUCGGGCACGAUGGAGCUGGUGAUCUCGGUGCUGGAUGUGAACGACAACGCGCCCGAGUUCAACCAGUCGGUCUAUAAAGUGCAGCUGGCGGAGAGCGCUGCAGAGGGGACGCUGGUGGUGCGCGUGAGCGCCACGGAUCGGGAUGAGGGAACGAACAGUGAAAUGACCUACAAAGCCACACACUUCUUUCCACUGCUCGGAAAAGAUCUCGUUACCGUGAAUCCCAACACCGGGGAGAUCAGACUGACGGCCCCGCUGGAUUUUGAAGAAGUGAGCGUAGUUGACUUCCGCAUAGAGGCGAGAGAUAAGGGUACGCCUCCGUUAUCGGGUCACUGCAGCGUGGAGCUGAAGGUGCUGGACGUGAACGACAACGCGCCGGAGGUGUGGGUGACGUCGCUGUCGGUGCCGGUGCCGGAGGACGCGGCGGUGGGGACGGUGGUGGCGCUGCUGAGCGUGUCGGACCGGGACUCGGGGGCGAACGGCCGGGUGCGGUGCGCGGUGUGGCCGGCGGCGCCGUUCGGGCUGGUGGCGACGUUCGAGGGCUCGUACUCGCUGGUGCUGCGGGAGGCGCUGGACCGGGAGCGGGUGGCGGAGUACGAGGUGGAGGUGCGGGCGGAGGACGGCGGGGCGCCGCCGCUGCGCGCCAGCCGCGGGCUGCGGGUGCCGGUGUCGGACGUGAACGACAACGCGCCGGCGUUCGCGCAGGCCGUGUACACGGUGCUGGCGCGGGAGAACAACGCGGCGGGCGCGGAGCUGGCGCGGCUGUGGGCGCGGGACCCCGACGAGGCGGGCAACGGGCGCGUGAGCUACUCGGUGGCGGAGGGCGGCGCGGGCGCGGGGGCGCGGUCGGCGUCGAGCUACGUGUCGGUGGACGCGGAGAGCGGUCGGCUGUGGGCGCUGCAGCCCUUCGACUACGAGGAGCUGCAGGUGCUGCAGUUCGAGGUGCGCGCGGUGGACGCGGGGCAGCCGGCGCUGUGCGGCAACGCCACGGUGCAGCUCUUCGUCGUGGACGAGAACGACAACGCGCCGGCGCUGCUGCCGCCCGCGGGCGGCGGCGCGGGGCCCUGGGCUGGCGGCGCGUCGUCGUCGUCGUCGUCGUCGGGGCCGUCGUCGUCGGGGUCGUCGCUGUGGGCGUGGGCGGCGUGGGGGUCGCCGGCGGGGCAGGUGGUGGCGAAGAUCCGCGCGGUGGACGCGGACUCGGGCUACAACGCGUGGCUGCGCUACGAGCUGCGGGAGCCGCGGGGCAAGGGCGCGUUCCGCGUGGGGCUGUACAGCGGCGAGGUGAGCACGGCGCGGGCGCUGGAGGAGGCGGACGGCCCGCGGCAGACGCUGGUCAUCGUGGUGCGGGACCACGGCGAGCCGGCGCGCUCGGCCACGGCCACGCUGAGCGUGUCGCUGGGCGAGGGCGCCGAGGCGGCGCUGGCGGCGGCGGCGGGCGCGGGCUCGUCGCUGUCGGGGCUGCGGCCGGCGGCGGGCGCCGAGGGCGGCGCGGCGGCGGCGGCGGCGACGACGACGACGACGAACGUGUGGCUGGUGGUGGCCAUCUGCGCGGUGUCGAGCCUGUUCCUGCUGGCGGUGGUGCUGUACGGGGCGUCGCGGUGGGCGCCGCGGGCGGCCGUGCUGUCGGGGCCCGGGCCGGCGACGCUGGUGUGCGCCAGCGAAGUGGGCAGCUGGUCGUACUCGCAGCGCCAGAGCCGGAGCCUGUGCGUGGCGGACGGCGCGGGCAAGAGCGACCUCAUGGUUUUCAGCCCCAACUUCCCGCCGCCCGCCGGCGCCGCGGCGAAGGAGACGCCGCAGGAUCCGCCCGCCCUCCUGGACACGGUCAGUGGCACUUUCUUUCCCCCCUCUUCUCACCUGCGGGUCUCCCGGAAACACUUUCACGGUUCUCGCCUGAGCCCUUUGGAAUCGCCUCUUGGCGCCUGCGGGGGGCCGGUGCUUGUCAGGUCCUUGAUCUCUGGCUGUUGGCCGCGAGGUCCCGUGUGUUUCCCUGCGCUUGCAAUAGCUCUCAGAGCUGAAGUGAGCUUUGAGAAAGAGUCUACCUUCUGGAGCCUGGGGUUUGCUAGGAUCUCUCCUGUAAACAUUUUCCAUAGUGUUACGCUGCGAAGUAUUCCGCAUGAGCGGUUCCCUUUCUAUUUCUGGCUGAGGUGUUACGGGAGAGCAGGCUCCUGCUCCCUGUAGGAUCCGCUACCUUUUUUUGUUGUCGAGGACCUAGAAGUGAACAGAGAGAUCCAGAGCAUGAUUUGGGAUGGAAGGAACGUGUGGAAGUCUGCAGUGCUGUCCCCGUGCUUAAAGCAGGUCUAACUUCGAAGUUGGAGGAGGUUGCUGAGGAUGUUGUGCCUUCGAGAGCUGCAUAUGGUUGCUCGCUGUCAUUCUCCAUCUACCCCUGCUUGUGAAGACCUCUGCCGUGUGCCCCUUUCAGUCAUUUCUCUUUGAACAUGGGGAAUCGUUCCUCAAAGAGAAGUUCCUCCAAAGUUUUGGUCAGCUUGAUGGUGGUCUCUGAAACUCUCACUGUUCUCUCUUCUCUUUAUUGCAUUCGGGAGGUGAUGAACUGCACGCAGAAUUCAGACUCUCGCUGAACCUGGAGUUUGCAUAACGUGGAAGGAAAUCCGUUGUUUUCUUCUCUGUCCCCAGAAGUCUUAACCUUAGUGCCUCUUUUAGCCUCCUUUCAUGUUGUAUGGUGUGCCCUCAUUCAUAUACAUUUUCCUGUCUUGCAUGUAGGCCAAUUCGAACGAAGAUUUUAUUUCUGGCUGCUGAUGCUCCCACAGGAUGCUGCUCUGCAGUCUUCUCUCUUAUGGAGAACGCUGUCCUCCUCCUCCUCCUCCUCUUUGAUUCUCUCUUUCAUUCAUGCAAGGUGACCUCUGUUGGUACUUCAUGGUUUUCUGCCCCCCUGCCUUGUAUGGCAUCUAUUUGUUCGUGAAGUACUACACAAUUAGUUUGUAGCUGGGACAGAUAAUGGGACGGUUUCGUAUUUCCAAGUAUGUAGUUCAUGCACUUCGUGAUACAGAGUGGUUCUGGCAGAAGAGCGCCAACCAAGAGAGAUGUAAGAGAUGUGUAGCUCUAUUGCCACAUGAAGCAAGAUGCACUGCUGGAGGACUUGUUCUUGGUGAAGGAAUGCCUUUAUAGAGGCACCUCACUCAUGUUUCCUGACUGUAGCCUUGCCAUGUAACCUGCUAUGGUAGGCAUUGUAUUUUGUCUUUCUGAGAGUUAUUUUUAAAAAUAAACUGGCAUUAUUCUUUUAAUCUGUGCCUUAUGUUGACAACUUGGAGAACCCUUGAAACUCCCCAUUCCCCUCUAAGGAGCAUGACUUAGCUUUCCUUUCCCAGGAGAUACGUCAGUAAUUGUGAGGUGAGAGCCACGUUGCCAAACAUGGUUGGCUGUCUGAUGUCAGAGUUUGUGUCUCUUGCCGUCCUUGUGGGUGACUGUCUUCUAGCCUCUUGAGCUGAGGUUUACCUGGCGAAAAAGUCUUGAGUUUUCAGGUGUCGUUUUGGUUCCUAUCGUCAUGGAAGUGGGUAUAGGAACACUGGCAAUAAAGCAGAGAACUGAGACUGUUGACAAAGCCUGCUUUUCUUCAGCUGCACUUCCUUGGAAAUCAUUGACAGCUCUCCCUGAAAAUUGCCCUUGGAACUUGUUAUGUGGUGGAGACCUGGAAAUAAACCAAGACCACUGUUCGAACAGCUGUAUGGAUAACGAUGUAAUGAGAGACGACCUGUUUGACAGACAGACCUAUUUGUGUUAGCAUUUGGUAUCCUUAUUUUGGUUCAGCCUUAUGUUGUGUGGCUAAUGUUCCUUUGCCAGAACGAGCAAACGAUUUCUGUACGAAGUCAUCCCACUCAUGUUUCUGCCUGGCAUGUGUGUCAGGGUGGCAGCAAGCUUGCAUGGCUGUGUAGAGAAGGAGCUGUGAUAUCUUUAUCUCCGUGGAUGUGGUGGGAGCCAGGGGAGAUGUUUUCAGACUAACAGUCCCUUGCCAGAGCAGUGGUGUAACCUUUGGGGGGUAUUUGUUUGGUUAUGUGGUGUGUGGAUCACUUUAAUGAAUGCGAGGCAUUCCACGCGGACUAAUUUGCACUGGUGAUAGAAAUAGUCUUGCUUCGUUGUA